UCUGGGGAAUCCGGCCCGGGGAAUCCCCACAAACAAGGAAGUGCAAAAAAGUACAUUUUAUGACAUGUAAGGCAAUAUUUCUUCGUAACUCUUCGUUAUUUCAGGAAGGGGUGAUCUGCUCCACGUUGUUCAUCACACAGGAAAGUAACAAACUUGGGAAGAGGCACAAGUGACAAAACCCUACACAAAACCAACAUAAUAUUGACGUUUCUUCACACCAUCGCCAUGGCUUCAUCAAAUCCAAUAUCUGAUGAGGAAUUCAAAGAACUUUUGAGGAGUGCUCCUGUCCACUGCAUCAACUACGCAACACGAGCAAGACUAUCACUAUUCCUUAAUCCUCCGCGCACCAUUCCGGCUCGAUGUGGGUAUUUACCUGAUUGGCGCGGUGUUGCUGAGCUCAGAGACUUCCAAUACCAACAGAUCCAAAAUUUUCAACUGUCUCCAGAUCCAACUGCAAGAUUAUUGGAUGAAUAUGAGUUUGCGGAAAGUCAGGACAAUUCAGUGCAAUCUUUGUUAGAUAUUCUGAAAACUUUAGAUCGAUUUGAUAUCCUUGAUGACUUGAAGGGGGACAUAGAGAGAGAUGUAAUGAAGUACCGGCGAACACAGCAAAGAGUGCAAGACCCGACAGUCACAUCAAAUCAGCCUGAUCCAAUACCUUUUCACAAUGAUUUCCUGGUACCCGAGGACAGAUACAUCGUCGUUGAUGACUCGGAGGACAAUGUGACUAUAUUUGAUGCAUUUGUCUGUUAUACGAAAGACCCCUCUGCAACUAAUGAUAGAGAAUUCGUAAAAGAGAUGGUCCGUGUUCUUGAGGGCCAGUUUGGCUUGAAACUCUACAUCAUGGAGCGAGAUCUUCUCCCAGGUACCAAUGAACUGUGUGUCUCAGCUGCUCUUAUUGAGAAAAGAUGCAAACGAACAAUCUUGGUGAUAUCACGGGCAUACCUACAAAGUCCAGAAUGCGAGGUGCACACACGGUCUGCCCUCUGCUUUUCACCUACUGCUCGAAAGAAAAUUAUGCCGAUUCGAAUUGAGAAGGAUUGUGCAAUUCCCAAGGUGUUGCGCCCGCUAACUAUCUUAGACUAUACGCGCGAGGACUUGGAAGAGUGGUUCUGGCCAAGUGUGGCCAAACAUUUAAAGAAGGAGUUCCCAACGUUCAGACAGGACAGCGUCAUUGAUAGUAGCCUCAGCAGUCUGACUUAUAAGCUGCCAGAUCUGCCUUCAGGGGAUUUUGCGUUGUUCAAAUGAUGAUUGAGUGUCCAGGGAUAAUGCCAGGCUGACACUAUUCAUAAGCAAUAAUUGUAUCACUUAACCGUACAUGUGCAUGUAUUGUAUUUGAGGCAUUUUCGAGUAGAAACUGAUGCUGCGCUGAUGGCAAUGGUUGUCAAACACCACACGAGUGGAGCUCCCACUUUGCCAAAAAUCUCGGGCUGCCACCUUAGCUUAGCCUUUGGCCUAAUUUAGCUCCACUCUUGCUGUGUUUGGCGAGACAAGCAACACUUCACAUUUGGUAUAAAUUAUUCUCGAAAAGAAGUGAUGUUUCUGGAAAUGCUUUGUAAAAAUUAUAAGUGCUAUUCUCCAGAUGUUAGGUUUAAGUGGGGUAAACUUAGGCAAGAAAGGGUGGUGUAAUUAUAGUCCCAUGCCAGUACAAUUGUAGACUGGGUGUACAAGUACUACUUGCUCUUUUCAACACUGUUGGCGCUAUACUUUACUCGCAUGUUCUGCUUUUCUGUAUGUAAUGCUUCCUGCAGGAAAGGAUUAUUCCAAGGUGCUUGACUAAUAAAAAUAAGAUUUUAUUGAAUA